AUGGAAUCAACAACAGCUGAUAUAAAACUUUUUAAAAAAUGGUCUUACGAGGAUGUUAACAUUGCUGAUCUGUCAUUGGUUGACUACAUUGCAGUGUCACAGAAGGCAUGCGUGUACACUCCACACACGGCAGGGCGUUAUCAGAAGAAGAGAUUUAGAAAAGCUUUAUGUCCAAUUGUGGAACGAUUAGUGAAUUCGAUGAUGAUGCAUGGAAGGAAUAAUGGGAAAAAAUUAAAAGCAAUUAGAAUUGUAGCAUAUGCGUUUGAAAUUAUUCAUCUUAUGACUGGGGAAAAUCCUAUACAGGUUUUUGUAAAUGCUGUUCAGAAAGGUGGGCCAAGAGAAGAUUCUACAAGAAUUGGUUCAGCUGGUGUCGUAAGACGUCAAGCAGUGGAUGUUUCCCCAUUAAGAAGAGUAAAUCAAGCAAUUUAUCUCAUCUGUACAGGUGCUAGAAAUUCUGCAUUUCGAAAUAUAAAGUCCAUUUCAGAAUGUUUAGCUGAAGAAAUUAUCAACUGUGCAAAUGAGUCUUCUAGUUCCUAUGCCAUUAAGAAGAAGGAUGAAAUUGAGAGAGUUGCCAAAGCCAACCGAUAA